AAUUGUCAACUCCACGCCACUCACGUGUAUCGUGCUGUUUAUUUUCCAUAAUUUGGAUUUGCAUUUAAAAAUAAUACACUAAUUAACAUGUCAUCUUGGAAAAAGGCCGCUAAGGCCCACCAGAAGACCCACAGGGAGCGCCAUCAGCCGGAGGCUAGGAAGCACCUAGGUUUACUCGAGAAGAAAACUGACUACAAGAAGCGUGCUAAAGAUUAUCAAGACAAGGGCAAAACACUUAAAUUGCUCCGAAAAAGUACGUUGGAUAAGAAUCCUGAUGAGUUCUACUUUCAUAUGAUCAACUCUAGGGUCAAAAAUGGGGAGCACCAUGAGUUGGUAAAGGAAGAGGAACACUCGGCCGAGCAGGAAAAACUGAUGCAGAGUCAAGAUGUCAAGUACAUCAACAUGAAACGUGUCAUGGAGAGCCGCAGGAUUGCCCGCUUGCAGUCCGAGCUCCACAUGACCGACAUAGCCGAGGCCACAAACAACACGCACACAUUCUUCGUAGAGUCCGACGAGGAGAAAGACUUCGACUUGGCGAAGCGGCUGGAUACACACCCCGCGCUGCUUGGUCGUAAGACCAACCGGCCCCGGCUGGCGGACUUGGAUAAAAUACAACUCCCUGAUGUGGAUGAGGAGACAAUUGUGAAACUAAAGAAAAACAAAGAAAAAGUAUAUAAGGAGCUGUCCAAAAGAAUAGACAGAGAGAAAGAGCUGACAGUAAUCCAGCAGAAAAUGGAAAUCAAGAAACACGUGCAAGGGGCCGGCAAAGUGAAGCCCAAGCGGGUCAAGAAGGGAUCCAAGCAGAGAGCCCCGGUGUAUGAGUUUACGUAUGUGAGGAAGAAAUAAAACUGUAUGUACGAA